AUGCACCAUCUGAUCGCCUCCACUAUUCACCAUCGUGGGGAGCACGAUAAGGUCCCUUCAGGCGACCUUUUUCCUUUGUGGUGCCUUCUUCACUCCAAUGUUCACCUUCACAUUCCUUACACCAUUGCCUCCUUUCUUUCCUCCAGUUUAGCUCUGGGCACUCAGCCGUGGAUCAAGAUCUGUAGUGUCCAAUUCAUCAACCAUUUAGCUCAGUCCUAUAGGGUUGAUACCUAUGGGAUGACUCAUAAUGAUAUCCGAGAUUUGUACAAGGAGACUCUGAGGCGGUUACGAGCAGUUGUACGUGGACCAGAUCAGAUUUUGAGGAUUCCCACUGAUGACGUUGUUGUUCCUAUCCGCCAGGUGGAGUCGAUGCAUGGAGAGGAACGAGAGUUUGAGCAGGGUUAUCGUCAGCAACGAGUUCAUUUCACUCUCCCUACUGCUCAACGAGGUCUAUAG